CGGCUCUCGCGGAGGGGAGUCAGUUGAACGCUCGCUCUCGCUGCGCAGAUCAGGGCCGGACGCAGUCAGCGGCGCCUCCCCUCCCCCCGCCGGGACCCCCCCUCCCCCUGCCGCGGGCCGAAGAUGAGCUUCCUCUUUGGCAGUCGGUCCUCUAAAACAUUCAAACCCAAGAAGAAUAUUCCUGAAGGCUCCCAUCAGUACGAGCUUUUGAAACAUGCAGAAGCAACCUUGGGAAGUGGUAACCUUAGACAAGCAGUUAUGUUGCCAGAAGGAGAGGACCUCAAUGAAUGGAUUGCAGUUAACACUGUGGAUUUCUUCAAUCAGAUCAAUAUGUUAUAUGGGACCAUAACAGAAUUCUGCACGGAAGCAAGCUGUCCAGUGAUGUCUGCUGGACCAAGGUAUGAAUACCACUGGGCAGAUGGUACCAAUAUAAAAAAACCAAUUAAAUGUUCAGCUCCAAAGUACAUUGAUUAUUUGAUGACAUGGGUUCAGGACCAGCUGGAUGAUGAAACCCUCUUUCCUUCAAAGAUUGGUGUCCCUUUUCCUAAGAACUUCAUGUCUGUGGCAAAGACUAUAUUGAAGCGUCUGUUUAGGGUCUAUGCCCAUAUUUACCACCAGCACUUUGAUUCUGUGAUGCAGCUCCAGGAGGAGGCCCAUCUCAACACCUCCUUUAAGCACUUUAUCUUCUUUGUACAGGAGUUCAACUUGAUUGACAGGCGUGAGUUGGCUCCUCUUCAGGAACUAAUUGAAAAGCUAGGUUCCAAAGACAGAUAAAUUUUCCCUGGAAGAAUUCUUUCUGCUUUCAAACAUGGUUACUCUUUCUUGCUUCAUAUACCAGCUGCAGCUAUUUCUUUACCACUUUUGUCUUUACUGGCACAAACCCUGAGAAACCAGGUACCACAGCUAGCGAAUCUAAAACAGAUAGUUUCCAGUCUAGCACAGUUACUGCCCUUCUUCCAUCUUAGUAGCUGAUGCGGGGGGCUUCAUUGCAAAGAGGUACCAGCUCAAAUUUCCUGUAAAAUCCAAGGUCUGCAAAAGUGUCUUCAGAGCAAAGUAGCUAUGAAUUCUAAGAGCUACUUUAUCAGAUCUUUUACUUGGAAAGGUGGGGUUCAUGAUUGCAUUACUCCCUGCAAUGUCAUGAUUUUCUAACUGAACCAUAUUUUGUCAAUCUAUAUAAAUUAGUGAAGUUUUGCAUAAUUUUCUGUGCAGAACUACAUCAUUAUAGUUUGCAUUAGCAGUUCCGGAAUUAACUUUCUGCUCUAGAAAUUGGAUGGAGAAGUACUUUGAGACCUCAAUUCAGCUUGCAGUUUUGGGCAUAUAAGGUUUUAUGCACAACCCCCUAAAUUUGUAUGCAUGGAAAGGGUAGAUGUUUACCUACUAUUCAAGUGUACCUUCAGGAGUUUGGAUGCAUAACACUUACAGGACAUUUGUGGAAAAUUUGGCCACAUAACACUUAAUUUUUCAAACACUUCCACAAAUGUGGCUGUUGUAAUUUAUCUGACAUGAAACAACGGAUGGUAAGAAUUCUGUAGAUACUAUAUUUGGCUAGAAAUUGUUUGCAAAAUUGCAAAUGCAAAUAUUUUGGUUGGGUUUUAUUCCAUCCAGUGUUUAGUUGCUCAACAAAGUUCCAUUUUAAAGCUCUGUUUGCUAGUAUAAAAAUUGUUGAAUACUUCUGAUAAGUGCAUUACCUUAUGAACUUUGAUAUUCCACUGUUUUCUAGGUAGGAAAUAGAACUAUUUUUGCAAAUUUUAUGAUGGAUGCAGUUUACACUUAAAACACAAUGCAUUUUUAUCUCAUAGAACUAGGCUGUUAAUAGGUAUAGGUUGAUAUAUGUAGCUUCAGCAACCAAAGCAAUUUAAAAAACAAUCUGGUAUUCAGUUGGUUAUGACUUUGAAUUGCACACAUACAUAAUAUGUGUGUGCCCUGUGGAUUUUUGUUUGUGUAUGCCAUUUCAAAUUCAUGUGUGUCUGUGGUUUUUUUAAAAAAGGAAAAAGGUAACUUAAUUCACUUAAACCCAUUGUGUGGCUUUCAAAACCUUUUUUUAAAAAUGCUGGAUCAGACAUAGGAGGAAAAACUACUGGUGUAUUCCUUAUGAAUGCUUUUAUUUUAUUUUAGAGUAGUUUGUUUUAAGUUUGUAUCUAGAUGCACUUUGAAUUUGCCUUAGAGCCUUAAGUAAAAUAGUAGACUAGCCAUGAGUUGCAUGGACAUGAAAUUAUGAUCCAAAAGUGACUAAGAUAAAGCAAAAUAGAGCCCAUCUAAAAAAACCCAGAUGAAAAAUUUAAGACUAGCACAAAAGCGUGAGUGUGGAAGCUUAAUGACAAGAGAAACAAUCUGCAUGUACCCCAAUGUGAACUGCAGAAGUUUUUUUUUUAAAUGUCACCAUUAUCUAAUGGGGUUAGUACUGUAUUUUGACAAAUUAAAACAGUUGUGCCAGCACCAUCUGAUAAUGAAAAAUCUGCGCUGCAGAUACCUAGUUUCUUUGCUGGACCGAGAGACAUCAUUAAUAUCAUUAAUGGUGUUUUGCUUAAAAAAACAUUCCAUUUUAAAGGCCUGAUCCUGAGUUGUUUUUUCAUCCUGUUUUGAUGUUACUUGUGGCACGUGUCAUUCCAGGAGAGAAAUCUGUGGCUGACAGGUCUCAAGAGCUUGGAGGUCAUUUUGUUUUAAUACAGUAUUGAUUUACAUUAUUAAAUAUUAGUCUCUUAGAAACCAAGUUAACUUGUAGUGCAGACUUUGCAAUUCAAAAACGAAGGGGUCCUAGCUAGGACAGGUGGAAUGUUGUGUUGAAACCUCGAUAUUUCUUUUCAGGUAGCUUUGGCUUUUAAUUUCCCUCCCUGGUGUAGGGGGCAACCAGUGUUUUUCUUUUUAAAUAAACUAGUCCCCUAUGCUUCUUCCGCCCAACCUAUUACCUGGUGCAUGGGAGAAACACCAGAAAAAGUUGGGCUGGAUGGAGCUGUGCAGAGGGGAAAGUCAGCACCCUGGGGAUGGUCCAUUUCCCCCUGCCACACCUUACCACCUUUGCUCUUUCUACACAGCCACUUUUUUUCCCCUCUUUUUAAGUCUGUUACCUGUGAACUGCAGUUCAAAUGUGUGAAAUUAAUGGUGCUUAAAGCACUAGUAAAUCCACUGCACGCUGUGUAAUUCUCCCCACUCUCAGGGAUUGUGAAGCUCCUGAAUGGGCAAGCAGUCAUGGCACUCUGCCUACUGGUCCAGGAGAGCACUGAGGGAGAGUCCCACGUGACUGCCCACGGGAUCUGCGGGGUUGAAAUCCUGCUUAAAUAUGGAUCCUGUGCCACUUCUGCCUUGGCUGGCCCCUACUGGAACCCUAUAGAAGAGUGUGUGAGAUGAUUCCUUUCCAUACGACUUUUGCUUACCUAUACCACAGUUCACCCUAAAUGUCAAAGCAACUAGUUAUACUGGGAGAUUUCAAAAGUUAGGUACCUUUUUUACAAGAUGACUAUUUUCAAUCUCACAUGUCUAAAAUUCAAACUUUGUAACUCCAGUGACCCACUGAAUUAUUUCUGCAAACUACAUAUAUAGCCCGUUCCCAAGCUGAAACUGUUUUUGCCACAUUUCAGCUGAUUUGUUUGUCAUUCUUUGAGUCCCUGAGUGAACAGGCCAAUGCCAUAAAGUAAAACAUUGCCAAAACUAUUUUCUAUCAGUAUUUUUCACAACUUGUAUUCUUGCUUAGCUGUUGUUUAUCUGCUAUCACACUGCAUAUGCAUUGACCAAGCACUGUUAAGAACAAAACAUGCUGAACAAACUAGUGCUUGCUUUGAACAUCAUAAUUAGCUUCUGAAAAGUAUAGUAGUCAAUAACUUUGAAGUGUGGACAUGGGAUAGGGGACAAAAGUAAAAUUGUAUUGUCUCUCAUACACUUUGGCUGUGAUUUCAAAUUGACUAAGUUUACAAAAUUGAAAGUCUUUUUUCCAACUCAUUCUGAGGUCUGAAAUAUCAGGACAGAUGCUGUGUCCAAAGGCAGGAAUGUUUUUAUAGAAGACUGAUUGGACUACCUGGUUGAAAUGGCUUUGAAGGAAUUCACUUUUUAAUCUGCCAGUCCCUUUUUUUGUUGUUUUUAGAAUCAGUCAAAUUCAAAAAAACAUUCAGGCUCGGUUUACCUAUGGUCCAGUGAGCUCUGACUGAAGUAAAUGAGAAUGGACAGCAUGCAGCACACUGCAGAAUCUAGCCUUUACAUGAAAGGGAAAACUGGCUAAACGGUUUUUUUUUCCCAAAUCAUUCUGCUUCACCAAUCCAAAAUGGACAGAUAGUAGCUACUUCAGUUUACAGCAUUUGUCAAAAAUUGUACAAAUUAACCUUAGUUUAAAACCACACUGUUCUAGGGUUUGCUUGAGAUGUUUUGAUGUAAGUUGCUCAUAUUUAAAACCUCAUAAUAGGACUGUGAAUAAAGCUUGUGGUAUCAGUAAUGAGCAAGCUUUUGCCCUGGCCUUGCACAAAUGCAACUUUUUCAAUAAUUUAGUUUUACCUUAAGUGCUUAUGUAUUUGUUCUGAGCUUUCUUGCAAUGAAUAGAUUUCAGUAUAGGUGAUUACUCAACCUUUUCUUCCAUUAUAAAGAAAUGUUGCUGUGAUCGAGAAAGGUAGGUAAGGCUUCAUUUGUUGUAAGACAAAAUAACUUUUUCUAGUUAGCUUUAAGCUAUAUUUUGUUCCUAGCUCAAAUCUCUGCCCUCUUCCAGGGCAGGCACUUGUCACUCCAGGGAUGAGGGGCAGAUUAGUGGAUGGAUCUCACUUGAAACUCAGCAAGCAUCCAAUUAAUGCUGAAUAUCCAGUGAUCUGCUUCAACUAACUCCUGACAAAACUAUUGGGUUUCUCUGUUCAGAUUCUAGAUAUUUUUCUGAAUUGCACUGUUAAUUUAAGAAUUCAGGAGGGAAAUUAAUCAUUUAGAGAGGUAGGCUGUUCUGUUCAUUAAAGGAAGAAUUGACAGUGUUUGAGAAAUCCUGUACUAGAUUGACUUUUUGAAGUUUUUUAUAUUUAUAUCAAUACACACACUUCCUCAGGAUGGUCUAGGGUUGCAAGGUUCUUUCAUGCAGCUGUUUCAAGUAGGCAGAAAAGUUUGUUCAGACAAUGCUGAUACAUCUUAACUUGCAUUGCAGGCGAGUGGUGCUGUGAAUCAAAACUGGUUACAGUAUUUAGACCUCUUGCUACUUUCAGUGUUAGGGACAAACUUUAACUACAACUCAAUACUGCUGCUGUGCCUUGUGUGUUUUCUGCAUGUUUCCUUCAACUUGACUAAACAGUUACUCCAUGGCAAAAA